UUCAACGUUGGAUCCUACGUGUUUCAGUACUGGAGCCAAAAGAUCCAUAGUCUUCAAGCAACGGAGCAGAGGUGGACAAUCCAGGAAGCAACCAUACAGCUCACAAUUUCCUUGAUUCGUCAACACAAACAAUAAUCAAAAUGAAGACCGCCAUCAUCGCAUCCCUUAUCGCCACUGCCGCCGCCUUUGCUCCCGCAAAGAACGCCGCCAAGACUUCGGUCGCCACCAACAUGGCCUUCGAAGACGAACUUGGUGCCCAAGCUCCUCUUGGAUUCUUUGAUCCCCUCGGUAUGGUUGCCGACGGUGACCAAGAAAAGUUCGACCGUCUCCGUUAUGUUGAGAUCAAGCACGGACGUAUCUGUAUGUUGGGAGUUGUUGGAUACCUCCUCAAUGCCGCCGGAGUCUACCUUCCCGGUGACAUUGACUACUCUGGAACCAAGUUCUCCGACCUCGGAUACGGAUGGGAUGCUUCCUUCGCUGUCCCAGUUGCCGGUGCCCUCCAAGUCUUGGCCUUCGUUGGUCUUUUGGAGCUUGCUGUCAUGAAGGACAUUGAAGGAACCGGAAACGAACACGUUGGUGAUUUCCGAAAUGGAGCCCUUGACUUCGGCUGGGACUCUUUCGAUGAGGAGACCAAGCUUACCAAGCGUGCUCUUGAAAUUAACCAAGGACGUGCUGCACAAAUGGGUUUGUUGGGACUUAUGGUCCACGACAAGCUCGGAAAUGUUGAAAACUUCUUCCCCAACUAAGAGUCUACCUGCUCCGUCUUGCAUAUAGUAGAUGUACCAGAACCUUUGGUGCGUCCUUUGGACCGCCCUUGUUCAUGAAUGGCAUAAGUACUACUACAUAGUAAACGUGCUUUUUCUCCG